AUGGACAACUCCACUGCGCCCUGUCCGCGAAAAAGACCAUGGAGGUACUGGACUGUUAUUUUUUGGGCUACAUUAUUAUUUUCGAGCAGUCUUGCUGAAGCUGGUAAAUUUUUUUCACUGAUAAUUAUAAAUUUAAACUUAGUUAACUGUUUUUAAGGCUUUUAAUUAUUUUUAUUUAAAAACUAUCAGCAAAUUGAUUUUGCGUAUGUAUGUUUAUUGAUUUCUUUUUAAAUUUCUAUAUUUUUACUUAUGCUGGUUUAAAUUUUUUCUCUAAUGAAAGCCUACUUUUUGUGAUUAAAACUUGUGAACAAUUUUAGAAAAAGUUCGAGCUAAGCGUGAUGUUCGAGGAACGGAGAGUUUGUUAACAGUAGAAUGGGAAGGUAUUCAAUCGGGAGAUCAUCCUGACUCUAGUAUCCGCGGCUUUAUUGUUGAGUAUCGUGCCGAAAAGGACAAUCAAUGGAACGUGCACGCUGGUGUUAUUCCGUACAAAGGUCCAAAUCAUCAGUAUCGUGUUCAGGUCAGUUUUUUUAAGAUGAACCUAUUUGAUGAGCAAAGAUCAUAUGAUAAAAUACAAACGCUAGAAAAAAUUCUUAGGGGGUCUUAUUGGACCAUUUUUAUUUAAGGCUUAUGGUAAAAAACGCUGUAGUUAAGUCUAAUGAAUCACAAAAAAUGAUCUUCUGUUGACAAAUACAACAAUUUCUAAUUAUUUACAACACAAGUUGUGGCUGCAUGGUAUGCGCAAUCGUUCAAGACAGUUUCUUUGCGUUUCUUUAAACAGUUUCGGUUUGGGUAGAAACAGGUUUACAGCCACCACCAUCGCCGCAUCUCCUGGCAUCUUUCUUCUUCGCCUGGUCGCGCUGGGAAUGUCACAAUUAGGCGGUUGGAAAGAGACGUGUGAUGUCUUUAUUUUAAGCGACCUCUUCCACCCCGCCCGGGCGCAGGAAUGUUCUAAACAACAAACAGCCUGAUAGUUGCAAGUGCGGGGGGUUUUGAAACAAAAAGUAAAUAAAACAAUGCUAUAGACAUAUACAGUAACGGGGUUGUGUUGAAAAAGUGAAGACAACAUUAUAUUUGGAAACAUUGCUUUGUAGAUAAAAAACAUAAAAAAGCAAUAUUCAAAAAAAAUAUACGUCUUAAAUAAAAUGUAUUUAAAAAAAUAUUUUUAGAUUCCUAAGCUGCCUACAGGUAUUUCGUACUUUGUGCGCAUCAAGGUACUGGGUGAUAAGAACGAAGUCCUUGUAGAAACGCCGGAAAUUCGUGCUCGUAACGAAAUUGUCAGUAUCAAAUGCGAUGGUGACGAAAUUACAGCCCCGCGUGACGUUGAUGUUAAAGAACGUGGAAAGUUCAGCGUAGCUUUGGCAUGGCAGCCACCCGAGUGCGGUAGUGUUGGUGAAUACCAAAUUGAACUGCGCGGCCUCAAAAAUGAGCGUUUUGAUGUUCAUCGUAUGACUGUUGCUCAACCAUCGGCAAGUGUCACAAACUUGUUGAGUGGUACUGAGUACGUGGUUCGGAUUCGAGCAGUUGACCGCUCACAUGCUACUAGUCCAUGGAAUGAGGAGCUGGUUACGGUGUCUACGAAAGGAGAAGGUAAGAAAGGCUGAUAUAUACAGGAAACUGUUUUUGUUGGCUUUUUAUAAGUAAUAUUUGUAAUUUUUUGUUUAUUAGAUAAAUCGUUGAGUUAUUUCAAUAGGAUAAUCAUACUUAAAUAUUAACUUAUAAAAUAGUUUUAGUCCCUAAGGCUUCAUCAGAUAUUCAUGUCGAAUACAGAUCCGAUCAAGAUGUUCGAAUUCGUUGGCAACAUUUGGAUGACGAACGUUUGCAACAUUAUGAGGUAUUUUACCUAUAGAAUUUUUUUAGAUUAAUCAAUUAUUUUUGAUAAAGUAAUUUUCUGGUACAUCUUUCAACGUUAUUUUUUGAUUUUUAUCUUUAUUUAGGUUGUUCUUGUUGAGUUCCAAGACGAUGCUCCUCAACGAAUUGAACGUGCUCGCGUUGAGUCUGAAAAGGAUAGUUUUCAAUUCAACGAUCUUUCGCCUAACACCGACUACGAAGUCGGAGUGAUUGCGUACGUUGACCACGAACCACAACGUGUUUAUCGUUUGGUAUUUUCUACCACUGACCAGCCAACUGAAGAAAUUGCUGAUACCCCAGUAGUGGUAGGUUCUGGUGCGCAAUAUACAGUGCAUUGGAAAAAGCCCGCUACCGAAGUGCCGGUAAAGAAAUUUAUUGUGGAGUAUAAGCCGGACAAUUCGACUAAAUGGCAGCGCGUUGAGAAUGACCGUGAAUUUAAUGGUGAAGACAGCUUUUCGGUCGAGACUAACCAACUGGGUACUGCUUUUGCAGUUCGCGUCGUACUGAUAGGAGACGAUGAAAGAGCUUUGGCCAGAACAAAGUCAGCUUUAGUUCAUGAUUCGAAGCCAAAUUCGUGCAGUUCUUUAGCUGGAGUUCCAAAGAACGUGAAGGCGAAAUCAACCAAGAAUUCUAUCACUUAUACAUGGGACUUGCCUGAAUGUGAAGGAAAUGAUGAUAGUGACUUAGGUUACGAAUAUUCGGUAUUUUGUUUUAAAAAAGUUUUUUUUUUAAUUUUUUUAAAUAGCAAAUUUUUACAUUUAAUUUCCUUUAACCUGGAGUUUUUAAUUUUAGUUUUAUAUUAUUUAUAGAUCUGGAAGAAAGAUGAUGGAAUUGUUGAUGAAACUUCUUUUGUUCCAAACCCUACCGUCACAAUUGAAGACAUUGCACCCGAAACGAACUUUGGCUUUAGAGUACGAACUCGUUUGGUCAAUGGACACAGCCCUUGGUCUGAAAUUGUAGAGGCAAUUACUUCUGAUGCUUCUGGUAGGCUUAUAUUAUAUUUAUGAAUUGUAUUUUUUGAUAUAAUUUAAAGCUUUGAAACGUUAAUUUAAAAAAAUUGUUUUAAUGUUUUUAUUGACUGUUUUAAAAAGUUUUUCAAUUUAUGACUUUUUAUUUUUUUUUGGUUUAGUUUUAUCGAAAUUUAAGUUUUGUAUGAUUUUCUAUAUUCUGUUUGAUACAGUAGGAAAUUAACAUAAUUUUGCAGGCUAAAGUUAUGUUUUAGGUUAAUGUAUUUUAACCGACAUGCUUGACAUUUUAAAACUUUUUAUUAACAACCUUGAAAAUAUUUUUUUGUUUGGUUUUUUGGUUGUGUGUAUGUUUACUAACUUUUAAUUACUAACCAUUGCUAUUUUAUUUCAUAUACAAAGCAUGUCGGUAUUUUGGACGUCGUGUCGUCAACGACAACUCGGCUUUCAUGCCAUGCCUCAAGGUUUGUUUGCUAACUUUUUCUUUAUUUACUUGUUUAAUAAGUUAACACGCUUCAAAACUAAUAAAACGUCAAAUUAUUUUUCUUUUUAAUAUUGAAAAGUUAACUUUUUACGUCUUUUAUAACCAGAAAAAAAUAUUAUAUUAAAUUUUAAGUUUUUGAUGAUAAAUAAAACAAAAGUUUCUUUUUGUUUACAUGAAACCUUCUCGAUAAAAAAUUAAAUUUGUCUUGAUAAUAAACAAAAAGAAUUUGAGUUUUUUACGAACAAAAAAUGAAAGUUGGCGUAAUGUGUUAACACUACGCAUUAACAACCUCUUUAACGAUCUAGCCAUGAUUAGCCUUGAAUUCACUUUUAACAAUGAUACGUUGUAACCUUUUUUCUUUAUGUCGUAAAAGCUUUUGCGGAAACUUAAAAAAAAGGUACUAUAAAAAGGCUUUUAACGCCUGAGGCAUUAACGAUCUUCUUUAAUUAAUCAUUACAUCCUUCACGCUUCGUUUCCACAUAAAAUUUACGCAUGUUAUCGUAUUGGAAUGCGCUAAUAUAAGCGUAGAUACAUACAAAAUUAGGCAACUUGUCAGAAUACAAUUUUCCAUUGUACAGUUUUUGAAACUAGUUAAAACAUUGAAAGAUUGCUUUUCAAAAGCUAUAGUAUUUAACACCCAAAAUUGUGUGAAACACAGCUGGAUCCUAACAACAACCUCCUUUAGAAGCAGAAAAUAUUUAUCGACUGCGAAUCGUACUGGCAUCACCUCGAUCGUAUCUGGUAUGGACGCCAUUAACGAAGCAUACUGACAACAUUGCUAGCUUUAAGUAAUAUAACGUGUUUAAUGUGCUAAAACUAACAAAGUAUUUAGGUUAUCGUAUAAGAAAGCCGAAGACCUCACAUGGACAAGCGUUCAGAAGCCGGCUAGCUUUUUCGUUUGUCCAAAAAACAUUGCCGCCGCCGAAGACUUUUGCUACGAUUUACGAGAUUUAGAAUAUGGACAUCAAUACACCAGCGAUGUAGGCUUAGUCUAUGCAGUGUUAUAAUUUUUUUUGUUUAAUUGCAGCUAAUCUAUGAGCUAAAAUCAGGCGACUGGACUUCGCACGGCAGUCCUCUUUUCUUCAUUCUGGUUGAGGCCGGUGCGUUACUUAAUUUUGCUGUGUUUUUCUUUAGUUUUGUGGCGUUUUUGUAAUUUACAGUUGUCUAUUAGUUAUUAUAAUUCCGAAAAAUUUUUUUUUGUAUUACAAUUCGUUAAAUAUAAGAGACUUUUUUGAAAAAUCUAACUUUAGACGGUAAAGAAGAAGUAAUACCCCCUGAGCAAGCUACUGAAACAGAUCAACAAGUUUCACAACCUCUUACCGUAACUGACACUAAAGUUCAAGACCUUGGAGCUAAAGUCAGCGUGGCAUGGUCGGUAAAGGGAGACCAAAGUAAAGUCCGAGCUUAUCAAGUUGAACAAAGAACCGAAAAGGAGGAUGAAUGGAAGCCGGCUGGCAAUUAUGUGCCGGCAUCAAGCUCUCAAAGUAUUUAUAAACAAGUAAUCGACCGGUCGGCUUUGUUGGCCAACCAAGUCGAUUUACGAAUAAGGGCUAUAGGGCCAAAUGCUGAAAAUGUGGCUCUCUCCGAGCCACAAGUUUUGUCUAAUCAGUGUGAAAGUGAGUUAUAUUUUAUUGGCAUUGAAGUGCAUUCUGUUGGUGUCGUAAAAAACUACUACAUUUUUUGUGCAAAAAAUUACAUAAGUUAAACUAAUAUACUUCAGAAAUUGACAAAGCUCCGCAAAACGUGCAACUUACAACAGCUACCGCCAACAGCGUCAAGUUGAUUUGGGAUUAUCCAGCCGAUGUUGCCCAAUGCAGCCUCUACUUUAUUAUUACCGGAAUGAUAGACAAUGGCGCUACGCAACAAAUUGUGAACGGUAGAGCUCGUGAACACUUCCUUCAAGUUGAGAAUCCCAACAGCGUAGAACUAAGAAUUAGUGCGGCUAACAAAUUGGGAGCAGGGCCGGCUACAGAAUUUUUGAAAGUUGGUGAAGGACCUCAACCGCCGUUGUUAGACGGACAAAGUGCUCCAAUUCACACUGGAGCACAAGAAGUGGCUUCAGUUCAAAAUGGUGCUCCGAUUGUUGGCCAAAUCCAUCGCGGAGGUAAGAAACUGAAACUUGUUUAGAGAUGUUCCGGUUUGGAAUAAAAGAACUUAUAAGUUCAGAUGGUUACGUUAACAUACUAUUAUAUGGAUUUUAAAAAAAUUAGUUUUAAUUUUGAGAAAAAUAAAGAAACGCCGACAAAAUAUUAUUUUAUGUAAGUUGAUUGGCUUUUUAGAAGUUUCGAAUGUUAACAUCACAAAUCUGAAUUUCUAAGGCUGUAAAUUUACCUCUGUCUAAUUGUAGAGUCCUUUCGUCUCAAGUUUUUUUUGCUUUUUUUUAUUUUACCGGAUUUAAAGUUGUAGUUUUACCUUUGUUUUAAUGCAAUGAAAUUUGUUUUUUAAGUCUUUCUAUAAUUUGUAUUAGAAAAUUUUAAGCACGUUUAUUAACUGAUCGUUCAAUAACGUAUAUUUUUUCAAGUCUUGGGAAGUCUGUUGGGUGAUAAAAAUGCAAUCUUUCAAUCUCUAGGUGCUGGUGUUGAAAGUCACCGUCGUGUUCGUCGUUCCAUUUGUGAUCCUCGUACAGAUUUUUGGUGCCGCGAAGGCAAUGACUUUAACGGAUCCCCGGACCAUUCCCGCGGAGGUUUGUGGCGUGAACAACGAGUUUUGUGCUUCUUUGUGUGCUUUGUCUAUUCAAACCUUUCUGUGCUUAACCAAAACAUUUUAGAGCUUAAAGUUAAAAAAAAUACUUUAAUUUCAUCGCGCUUAUAUUCACGUUAUAAAAAUUGAGUUUCUUGUUUUAACAACGAAAACAUUUUGGGGCAUGACAAAGUAUAUAAAAAUUUCAUACGUUUGGAUUAUUUUGUUUUACAUUUAUAUUUAAACAAAUUCAUACUUUUUUUGUGAGUAAAAAAUAUUAAAGAACAUUUUUAUAAACAUUUUCUUGUUGCUAUUUUUCAAGUUUGCUUUCUGCUGAAUGUCCGAGCAAAACGUGAGUGAGUGUCUACCUUAAUGUCCGAUGUGUUUCCUUGUUCUUCUUUCCACUGUUCUUUCGUCCCUGUAAUGCUGUGUUGUUCAUAUUUCCUGUUUUCGUUUAAUCAAAAUGUUUGCUUCAGCUUUGAUUUCUACACCGCACGUCUCGCAGGGCCGUGAGGGUGGGCUCACUGUGCACUGGAAGAGCAUUGGCAGCGGACGUGGCGUGUUUGGCUACCGAGUUUUGUACCGCUCUGAUUCAACCGGUUGGAAUCCUUAUGGGUUUGUUUUAUAAUUAUGUUUGAAAUUCAAAAAAUAAUCUUACGAUUUUUUUGACGUACAAAUUAUUUCCGCUUAAAAAUUUUUCAAAAAAAUUUUGCUUUUGUAACUAUAAAGCUUUUUUAGCCAAAUUGUGCCGUAUGUUGGGGAUAACGAAAGCUAUAGCCAAGCACUUACCAGCCUUUUAGUCGGCGGAAACUACCAAAUUCAAAUACAAGCUUUGGACAGAAACUCCUAUGUUCUUUUCACAAGUCCAGAAGUGUCGGCUCAAUCUGUGUGUCAACCUCCAUCACGACCACCAAGUCAUGUAGCACUAGAUGCUCCUGAUGCUCGUCACGUACGCUUAACAUGGGCUCAACCACCACAAAACACUUGGAACUGCGGUCAAAUCAACUAUGAAGUUCAAGUAGACGAGCCAAGAAUCUACGCCGAACCAAUCAAAGUUGAGGGGAAACUUCAAAGCCACGUUUUCAUGUCACAGGACGGUCAACGUUGGUCGGUCCGGGUACGAACUGUGAAUUCAGCAGGAGCUUCUCCAUGGUCAACAUCCGUAUCCACAUCGGCUUCAUCUUCUACAGCUGAUCUAAUUGAAGGACCAUUUGUGAGCACUGCGCAAGGUACUCCACGUUUGUCUUGGAAAAUCCUUCAGAAUGCUCCGGAAUCGGUGGCCAAUUUCCGUGUAGAAUGGAGGUCACAAACUCAACCUAACUGGAACAUUCUCAGACAAACAGUGAGUGGUGUAAUUAAUGUAAAUGUAAAAAGAUAAUUAUUAUGAAAAAGCGUUUUUAAAAAAAGCUCAAUUUUUUUGCAAAAAUUAUAAUUUUUUGUCGACUUAUAGGUAUCAUACGCUGGCUGGCAACGUCCAUAUUCAGUUGAACUAAAUGAGCUACCUCAAGGUAACACGUACGAAGUGCGAGUAAAGGCAAUUGAUAACAGAGGAGUUGAACUGUUUGUUUCACCAUCCGUUAGUGUUCAAACUAGUCGUCAAUGUUAUCUACCGAGAAGGCCCCCGACAAACGUCAACGUAGCUCCAUUGGGACCAAAUCAGAUUCGUUUAAGUUGGGAAGUAAGUUUUUAUUUUAAAUGUUUGUUCGUUUCUAAUUUGUGUUAAAAAAAUGAAAAAAUGUUUUAAAAACUGUAAUUUUUUUUUAUAUCAAUCAAAAGACAUGACAUUUGCACCGUUAUAGUAAAAACCUUUGGGAUACUGUAACUUUUGUAUAGGGUGUUAAAUACUAAUUUUCGUAUUAUAUGUCUUAAGUUUGUUGCUGACCAAAACAGUAUAUAUCACUAGCCGAUUUAUAAUUGGUGAUGUUCCCUAAUUCCUAUAUUUUUUUUAUGUUACAGCCGAUUUCCGAAGCCGAAUGGAAUUGUAACAAUUUGUGGUACGUUGUCAAGUAUAGCAGUCCUGAAUCACAAGGAUACAAGAACGUGACUAAUGGGGAAACGUCAAUUGUUUUUGACUCAAAACCCUAUACUCAAUGGCAGUUCGAAGUCCAAGCAGCUAACUCAGCUGGCUCUUCAGGAUGGUCACGAAACACAGCGUCCCAAACUUUGUCGACCUCGCCUGGUGUUGUGACAGACGUUCAAGUGUAUCCAUCGCACGAUUCUAUCCAACUCAGUUGGAGACCCCCACAGAAUCCGAACGGUCAAAUUGCCGGUUAUGAGGUAACGUACCAGCUAGUAAACAAAGGGAUGUGUGAAAAUACAGCUGGGCAGGUUCAAACGGUCAUCAGUCACGGCCCAACUUACAGAAUUGCUGGACUUCAGCCACAUUCCAAGUACAGAGUAGGCGUGGCUGCACGGACAAACAUCGCUGGAGAACGAGUGACCAGAGAAGUUCAAACCGAAUCUUCUGUACCAACUGCAGCACCAGCCUACAUUCGUGUAGACACAGUUGGAGACACAAGUGCUGGAAUUAGCUGGCAUGCUCCGCCAUGUGUACACACUAACGGUGACAUUUCGGAAUAUGAGUACGAAGUUGUGCCAGCCGACAGGUACUCGUUCGAUCAACGCUUUACUGACACUAUCCGUACAACGAAAGUUGAGCUUCAUAAUCUACAACCCGGAACUAAAUACAGUUUUAAGAUCAGAGCAUAUACUUCUCGUGGAGCGGGUCCAUGGUCUCCAGAGGUUGUUUUCCAAACUUCGCUCCGUGGAAGUCUUGUUGUGCCGCCACCGGCGCAAAUCGUAUCAACUGGUCCAACCGAUGCCCAUCUUGUCUGGCAAACAACUCCAGGAACGGCAUCUUACUUUGACAAAUUCAAAUGUCAAUACGCCCCAGCCGGAACUCAACAGUAUCAGCAAAGAACGUUUCCAGCUUACAGCCCAUGUGACGCCGAGCUCAUCCGACGUCAACAGCUUCCACCUAGCACCCCAACAACUCAAACACAUUGCGGUAGAAUCGAUAAUUUGCAGCCAAACAAACCGUACGAUUUCCAAGUUUCGGCCAAACCAAAACAAGGCCCGUGGACUCCAUGGAGCCCUCCUCAACGAACUCAACCAGUAGAAUCAGCUGUGAAAGUUCUAACACUACAAAAAACGGGUGGUUCUACAAGUUCAUUACGGUUUGCUUGGACUGUAGCUCAAACUGAUCUUCUUCGUUGUACUGCAUUCAGAAUUACUGUGACUCCAAGAGAUCGAUCUGAACAACCACGAACGUUUACUGUUGACGGCCACACCUUCCAGUACCAAGUAGACGGCCUGCGACCUAACACUGUAUACGCUGUUACGGUAGAAGCCAGUACAAAUGCUCGCUACUAUCCUGGUGUUACUGUGGAUAUGAGUACGGACGCCGAAAAAGUGUUCGGGGUUGAACAAACACCUCGAAUUAUUGACGAGAAAUCUAGCUCAAUAACAUUGGCGUGGGAUGUGAAUUCCAGAAUCAAGUGCAGCAAUUUUAUCGUUGAAUACAAACUAGAAAAUGGUGCUUGGCAACAAUACGAUCGUCGUGUGCCAUGCGAUUACGGUCGCACUACUUAUACAUCGACUGUACAACCAUUGCCUACAAACAGUGUUGUGGACUUUAGAGUCAUUGCCAUUUCUGAUCGAAAUCAACCAACAGCACCUAGUCCUGAAGUCAGAGGUCACACAAAAUGCUCAGCUCCAGAUCAACCGCCACAAGCUGUCCGCGCUGAUGCUCCAUCAACAAAUGAAGUUCGUGUUUCUUGGGCUAGACCAGCCAAAAAUACGUGGAACUGUGAUCAAUUAAACAUUGAGAUAGGCUACAGAAUUGGUGACGGACCAGAGCAAAUUGUGCCUGUUUCAGGAGACCGUACUGAUUAUACUUUCCCAUCAGAACCAAACACCAGGUGGACAAUCAGAGUACGAUCAAGCAACCAAGUUGGUCACUCUCCAUGGAGUGCUCCACAAACGGUAACCACUCGUCAAGGUGCACCAGGAGCCGUAAUGAACUUAAGAUUAACUCCAAAAAGUCCCAAUGAAAUUUUCGUUCAAUGGAGUCCUCCUUCUCAAGCUCAUGGUUCGAUUGUUGGCUACGACAUCAGCUACAGACUAAAACACCGCUUAGCUUGUCCCGACGAAGAACCAAGAGAUGUCAGUCGUGAUUUUGUCACUAUUUACAAUCACAAAGAUCUUGAUUAUACCUUGACGGGGCUUUUACCUAACUCGUUGUACGAAGUCAAAGUUAGAGCCCGAACAACGGAAGUUGGCCCGGAAGAAACAAAAGAAGCCGCUACGAUGCAACAACCACCUAGUGCUCCACCACUUAAUCUUCAAUUAACGUAUGCUCUAGAACGUUCGUUAAGUUUCCAAUGGGAACCGGUCGACUGUUCACAACGUCACGGUGAAAUCAUUAACUACGAAUACGAGAUUCUUGGGCUUGACGAUUGGGCAAAACUUGAACGUCAAAUUGCUAAUACAACAAGCACUCAAGUCACAAUUGACGGUCUGACGCCUUACACAAAGUAUGUUAUGCGGGUUAAAGCCUACAACACUAUUGGUGGUGGUCCAAAUACCGAAAACUUGGCCGUUAUGACAUCAAAAGCUAACGCUCCGCUUCCACCACAAGAUCUAGUUGUUACUCAAGAAGGAACCGAAUUCUUUGCCAUUUCAUGGCUUCCACCUUACCCGCCAUACGGCCCGCACGAUUCUUACAAGAUUACUUACCAACUUUUGAGUGCCAAUCAGUGGGAAAAUAUUGAAGUAAACACCAAAGAUCCUCGUCUGGAGUGCCCUAGUGUCACACCAAGAUUCUGCUUCAACAUAACAGGUCUUGAAAGUGGUCAACAAUACCGUGUGAAAGUAGCCGCAAGAAUUGAAGGUGGAACUUAUGGCCCAUACAGUUCAGUCAUCAUUGCCAAUACUUUACAAGUCCUUCCUGAUGCUCCACCAAGAAUUGAUUUGAUUGCAAAAACAGAUCAUUCCCUUCACAUCAGAUGGACGCCUCCACACGAUCCACACAGUCAAAUUGUACAGUACAAAAUUACUUACAAGUCUAUGGCUGAACCAUACGCUAAAGCACAAACUGUUACAGUUCCUCAUCCCAAAUUAGACCAACUGCUUGAUGGUCUUACUCCAGAUACUACUUACAACAUUACGUUAGCUGCUGGUACAAAGCGUGGAUACGGCCCAGAAAUUUCAACUCGUUACAAGACUGACGUUUUUAAGGUCCCAGCCGUCAUUAAUGCACCUACCGUCACUCCAGACGGAGCGCACGCAUUGGACGUGGAAUGGACUGGUGUUCACGAUGCUCAAAACCGUAUCCAGGGUUACAUAAUAGAGUACAGAAACAGUGAUACACCAGUAUGGCGUGAAAGCCCUCAAAUUGUACGGCACUCACCCGGAAAACUUAACUACAACGGAAAAGUGACUAACUUAGAACCAGAUACUUUGUAUUUCGUUCGUAUCAAAGUUGUGGACCACAAAAACAAUCCAAGUGAUAGCAGUCCAGAAGCUCAAGGACGUACUGGAUGUGCAGCACCACGCUCGCCACCAAACAACAUUAACAUCAAUUCGCCGUCACCACUUCAAGUACGUGUUAAUUGGCAACCACCAGCUAAAGAUACUUGGUCUUGUUCAGCAAUCCGCUACAGAAUUAAGUACAAUAACGGUACCCGGCCAGGUGAAGUUGUUGUUCCCGGCCUAGAAAACGUAUUUGACUCUGCACCAAAUGCUCCUUGGACUGUACAAAUUCGGACUGAAAACGAUGCUGGUACAUCAGGAUGGAGUGAGCCGCUUAGAAUUAAGACUUCUGAUGGUAUUCCUGGAGCUGUAACAGACUUAAAUGCAAACCCAGAUGGCCCUACAACAGCUGUUGUUACAUGGGAAGAACCAGAGGAAACAAACGGUGAUAUUUCCGGCUACACCAUUGAAUAUCAAUUGAAAUCGAUUGGUGAAUGUGGGGCCAGGAGCGAAAAGCCAAUCACAGUUCACUCCAAAGACAAACGCAUUAACCUAGAAAACCUUUUGCCUGACGCUACUUACGAAGUUAGAGUUACAGCACACACUACUAAAGCCGGUCCAAAAUCAAAGCCGGUAUUGUUUACGACAGAAGAAGCCGAACCAACUGGCCAACCUCGGAAUUUGAGAGUAACGUCUGUUACAUCUUCUCGAGCUGAACUCUUAUGGCACGAAAUUGAAUGUGAACUUCGUCAUGGAAAGAUACUUGGAUACGUUUACGAAGUUCAGGCAUUGAGUCCGUACGGCCAAAACAUCACAGACCGUACUACCACUCAUAGAGUAUCGCUUCAAGAUUUAGCACCUUUUACGCAAUACCGAGCAAGAGUACGUGGUUUCAACAGCAAGGGUGAAGGACCGUUCUCUGAAUGGGUUACUUUCCAAACUAAACCAGCGGCUCCACCACCCCCAACUGACUUACGAGAAGAACAAGUACUAGACCACGCUUUGGAAAUAUCUUUCUUGCCCCCGCAUCCUCCAAACGGUAUUCUUGACUUUUACAAGAUACGCCACACUCCAACUGGUCGUUAUAACUACAAAGAAGUCCGUGUACCUGCGCAUGAAUUGGUAUGCUCAGACGUGAACAAAAGAGAGCGGCUUUGUUAUCGCGUGUCAAAAUUGGAACCAGAACAAGAGUACGAGAUUCAAGCCGCUGCACACACAGAAGGAGGAGAUUGGUCUGACUGGAGUGAACCACUGAACACCAAGACUGAACAGCAAAACAUUCCAGUUCUUGAAACAGGCUUAGAACUUGACCAAGUACGAUCAACAAGCAUCAGUGUAAAGUGGAAAGGACUUGAACCCGAAUUGGCUGAACACAUUGUUGGGUACAUUCUAGAGUACAAAUCGGAGCUUGACGACGAAUGGCAAGAACACAAUGGUGUAGUACGACAUAGACCACGCCAAAACGAAUACAAAGCUACAGUCAGAAACUUGAUUGAAUCUACCGAAUACUUCUUUAGAAUUCGUGUUGUUGGCAAAGCAGAUAAACGUGGCAACCCAAGUCCCGAACUGAGAGCAACAACAAAAUGUGGAAGACCUGAAGAGCCGCCAAGAAACGUACAAAUUCAAUCCGUUGAUUUUGAACACGUGAAGAUAACAUGGGAACCUCCAGAAGAAGAAACCUGGAAGUGCGACAAUGUAGAAUUCAUUAUUCAAUAUGCUAACACUACUUCACAAGGCACAAUUAACAUUCCAGUAGACGCACCGUCUGAGUUGGUACUGGAUACACUUCCUGGAACAAAAUGGGGAGUCAAAAUGCAAACUCAGACAAUUGAAGAAGAGCCUCAAAAGUCUAAAUGGAGUGACCGUGCUUCUUUGACAACGCAAUCUCCACCAGACGAGAUUUUUGUUCAAAUUGAACCCAAAACACCAACUCAAGCUGAACUUACUUGGGAUGUUCCGGAUGCUGAAUGGCCUUACGGUGUUGACAUCAGUUACAAACUAACAAAGUUAGGAGGUUGUAACAAAGGAGAGUUUGUUGACGAAGAACCAAUUGUACUCGAAAACGUGCAAGACAAGACUGUAUUGCUUGACGGAUUGCAUCCUGGAUCUGAAUACGAAGUUACUGUCACUCCACGUUUACCGCCAGGUCUUGUUGGCGUUGUAAAACCAAAGAAGACUGUCCGGAAGUUCAAAACUGAGGACGACAAACCAGUUGGAGCUCCAAGAAAUCUUCGUGUUGAUAACCGCCAAGAUACUAAACUUGGCUUCUCAUGGGAACCCCCAGAGUGUGCUGAACAAAAUGGUGUUAUCAGCCAAUAUCAAUACGAAAUCGUUGGCCUUGACGAAUGGAACAAAGGAGAACGUGACGGAAUUUCUCCAAGAACUAAGACAGACGUUACCGAUCUUCUACCUGGAUCAUUGUACCGAUUCCGAGUUCGUGCUUUCACGUCUCAAGGUGAAGGCCCUUGGUCAGAACCUGUUGAUGCUCGUACAACCGGAUCCGAGUUAGGACCGCCUCGAGAAUUAACUACAGUAAGCACAAAGCCAACAUCAAUCCAGAUUACUUGGUUACCACCACAUCCAGAACUAACUAAAGUUAUUGCCUACAAGGUCAAAUAUAGUCCACGUGCUGAUGACUCUCAACCAGUCGAAAUCGAACUGUCUGAAAACGAAUUAAGCUGUUCUGGAUAUGAAAGCCCGAUUUUGACUUCUGAUAACUUGUGUACCGAAGUUACUGGCCUUGAACCACAAACUACAUACAGAUUUUCAGUCCAAGCACAAGCCGCAUCUGGAAACUGGGGUCCUUGGUCAACAGAGCAUUUCUCCACAACUAAAAAAGCUUUUGAUGGUCCAUUAGGAGGAAGUCUUGUACUUUUGUCGAAUGGUCACGAUAACAUAAAGGUUAGAUGGACUCCUCCUGGAGUAAUUGGUGAGAACAUUGAUAAGUACGACUUGACAAUCUCGGUCGCUAGUGAACUCGACAAAAACCCAAAGAAAUAUUCUACUGGAGGACAACAAAAAGAAUACCACUUCAAAGGGCUAGAGCCAUCUACCUACUACAAUGUCACAGUAACUGGGCGUUCAGGGCCGAAGAAUUUGUGGUUUAUUUCUAACAACUUCCCAACAACUGAAAAAGCCGAGCAUGCUUCUAUUGUCAACAUUGGUCCAGUGACUAACCUAAGGGUCAUCGACAAGAGCGAGAACAUGAUUCACGCUGCUUGGGAUCCUCCAGACAUAUUUGAACCUGAAUACCGUGACCUACUGACACAUUACCGUAUAACAUUGACUCCUCUGGACACGUACACUUUGCAACCCGGAGCUUCCAAGAACUACACGGUACCAGUGCCAGGAACGACAAUUAGAUUUACUGAUCUGAUUCCGGAAACCAUAUACAACAUUACCGUACAAGGUGGAACUGAACAAGGUUACGGCGAGUUGUUAUGGACUACAGAAUCGACAUUGCCUGUUGGAGAAAGCAACAUUUUGAAGUUAAAGAGCCGUACACCAACAACUUUGACUGUGGAAUGGGAACCGGUAUGGGGAACUACUCAUCGAGGUUAUAUUGUAAGUUUGUACCUUUUUAAAGCUGUGUAUUUUAUUUAUUAUACAAAAAAUAUUAUAUACAGUAGCGGAUAUAAAUUUAUUAUUUUAGCUAACGGCCAAGUCUUUGAAAUCCGUUUAUCCUCACGUCCGCAUUAACACCAUUAAAUCUUUUGAAAUCAACGCUACGUCGACAGAGUUUGUUAUUAAAGGCCUAGAUCCUUCAACUACUUACAACGUCACAUUGCAACUCAAAGAUAACAACAAGGGCGCAUGGGGAGCAUGGUCAACUCUUCCACCAGGAUGGUUUGUGCCCAAAAAUCUUCGAUAUUGUGAUGUCACUAACUACGCAGUUUCGAUGAGUUGGCUUCCGGUCGAACUAGAUUUGGCUACCGAAUAUCAAGUACGAUAUGCCCAUUUGAAUAAUCGGCAUUUGGUAUGGAACGAAGAGCCGGAAAAGCACAGAAAAUAUUUAUUGUGUCCGAAAGACCCAUGUAAUCGACUGUGCUACGUCGUUUUCAACUUGGAACAUCAUCCGGACGAGUACGCCUUCCAAGUUCGCGCCAAAGUUGAUGGAGUUUGGAACCGAUGGAAGACGGCUUCAAAGAUUGCGGUUUCAGAAUCUGCUGAAGUCAAACAGAAUUGUUGUAUUGUACCACCACCUUACAUGGUAGAAAACAUUGCAGCACCAGGAACAUGGUGGGAAGUGCCGAUUGCUCCAGCUGCUACGGAAAAGAACGUAACGUAAGUUUUGUUUAGGUUUUUAAAUACAUAUUUUUUAUCAAAGUUUUAAGAAAAAUUUUUUGUGUUAAAAAGGCAUAAUUGUUAUAUAUGUAAUGAUAAACCUUGACUGUAUUUCAUAAUUUACUUAUUUAAUAAGUUUAACAUAUGUUUUAGACGAUAUUACGUUGUCGUUGAUCAACGAGAACCCGCUGGCGACACUAACUGGACAAUGUUGACCGACAAAGUUACUGCCGAUCGUCUUAAGAUACCUUAUUACGUAGCAGCGUCGUUCAGUACGGAAACUCUAACAGCGCCAACUAAUGUGAAGAUUGGCGACGGUAAGGUGUAUGGUGGAUAUAUCAACUACCCGCUGGUGAAAGGAAAAACUUACAAUUACGAGAUAUAUACAAAAUGGAGUAUGAAUGACGAACAACCGGUGAUUGCUAGGUUAAGAGGUAAGAUUUUGCUGGCAUUUAAAACUUUAAAACUAUGUUUUAUUUUUAGUUUCAUAACCCAAAACACGGGAUAUUUAUUAUAAGUUCAAUAAAAACACUCUCGACCUCAAAACUAAACAAAAAAGUAAAUAAGGUCGCGAGAAACAGCCUUUGAUCGACAUGUGAAAACUGUUCUAAAUUACUCGUGAAUAGUAUUCUAAUACAAACUUAAAACGCAGAUUUUUUAUUGCUACUGAAAGUAAUGUUUUGGAAAGUUAAGGCUUGUUUGCUGUUUAGUUAAAUUUGUUGAAAGUUAUUGAUUAAAGCCUAAAAAUGUUCAAACAUUUAUACUAGUUCGGUACCAGAUGAUAUGCUUUUUCCAAGUAGUAAGCCAGUUUUGUCAUUUUCAGAUGUAAAUUUAGUCUUUAAUGAGAUUCCGUGGAGAAACAUAUAUCUUUUCGGUUUUCUCAUUGUACUGAUUUUACUCGUACUAUGCAUAUGUUGCUGCUGCAAUUCGUAAGUAUGAUUGCAGUUCAACAAGCGUGAAACGUAAUACCGUUUUGUGUUUUAGUGCUUUUAUAACUAAAUUUUACAUAUACAAACAACCUUUUGCCUUCUGUAAAUUUAAAAAUAACUUAAUGUUUUAUCAAAAACUAUUUUUUCAAACCUAUUUAACAAUUUUUGAUGUGUUUAUUGUAACAUGUUUCAGUAACACCAUACUUGACUUCUGGAUGGCCAUGGUGGUGGCUACUUCUUCUCCUUCUACUUAUCUUGUUGUGCAUCUUGUUAUGCUGUUUACUUGCAUGGUGUAUAGCAGCGUAAGAUUUGUUGUGUUGUUUUCAUUAUAUUAUUUGCGAACUGGGAUAUUAAAUAUAUUAUAAUUUUAAUUUUAGGAAGAAUAGAAGACGUGAGAAACGCUACACUAACGGUCAACACCUUCCAUUGUUACAUGAUGUAAGUUAUGACUUAAAUUUUAAAAAAAUUUAACAAAUAAAUCAUUUUUUUUUCAAACUACUUUUAAAAUUUUUAUCCUUUUAAAAAAUUUAGGAAAAGUACGAAACCCGCCGAACCAACUUUGAGGACGGUUAUCGCCAGGGAUACAGCGAAGCUGGUCAUUUGGGAUCGGGAAGCGCAGCCAGAAGACAUUACGCAGAGGAAUAUUCAACACGAGGAGACCGCUUCCAAGAAGGGUACGCUAAAGGUCUCAGAGAUGCGGGGCUAAGUGGAAUGUCAACUUCAAUGUAUAACUUGGCUUCAAGACGGGACCAUCCUGGCUUCAGUGCUGGCUACAUGCAAGGUUUUCGUGACGGAAACUCAGGCGUCUUUGGAGAUCAAGUUACAACAAGCUUGCUGAACCGUUUGGAAGAGCAGUAUCCUAACAACGAGGAGUAUAGAGCCGGCUACGUAGACGGAUUUAAGGACGGUGUAGGCGGUGGAAGACAAGAGUUUAAAGAAUCUAAAGAGAUUCACAAGUCGCUCACUGAACUCACGGAGCGACUGACAACUUUGGAAAAGAUUAAGGACAACGAAUCUUUCCAUCAAACUAAAAUUUAUCACGUUUACAACCAAAACCCGGAAACUGCUAGCUACACUGCUACAGGUCAACAACUUGCUCAAGAAUUAGACGAAAUUACAUCUGGUUCACGUCGAAGUACGUUGAGAAGGCAUUACACACCAGGUGAUUAUGUACGAUACGGAAGCGAAACUGGUGAAGGCUUUAACAGUUUGGGUAGAAGCCGACGAUCGCAAAGUGUGUCUGGAUUGGCUAGAGGUAAGUAAAAUGUGUCUUUAACAUGUGGUUUGCUACAGCUUGAUAUUGUAUUUUUAAAUCAGCUUUGUUUUGUAGUGACUUUUGGAGUUUGUAGUGCUUCUGUGUCGUUGUUCCUCUAAAAAGUAUUUUUUGAUGUGUUCAGACUAAAUUAUGUAUGCGUUGUUAAAUCAAAAUAUAUUUUUUAGUUAACGUUGUAAAUUUUUGUUAAGUUACUAUAACAUUGUCUAAAAUUAUCCUAAUUGUGUGUAAAUGUUGUUUUUUAACGUUUAGAAGAAGCCGAAGCACGGCGUCGUUACGCUUCAGGCACGUCGAACCGUCAAGAAAUUGUGGAUGAACGAGAAGAAGAUCGUCAUGAAGAAGCAGGGCAAGAAACCUACACUUCAUCGUCCCGACGCUACAAUUUCCGUAGCAGAAGCGAUUUGAAUCAACAAGACAAGCGAUACGCUUCGCAGACUUUGCUGGAUGGCGCCAGGCCUGGUCCUAUUGCUUCGAAUUCGAGGCGUGAAGCGUUGCACACGUUGCAACGGGAACUGGACAAUUUAUCACGAUCUCCGGCAGGCGGGUACAGCAGUGAUUACGCUCAGGAAACAAUGCGAUCUCGCUCCGGCCACCGUGUAGGCUCCGGAUACUCAAACUACGAAUACGGUAAUUUUGUGGGCUUCAAAAAAACUCAAAACAUUCUUCUUGCGGCGGUGUUGAUAAUGGUGUAGCUAAAUGAUGAACUGGCGUUCUUUGAAUUUUUUAAACGCGUUUUUUUUUGUUUUAAACGGUGUUUUUGGUUUGUAUGCAGGCAGCUGUUAAGUGGUUUAAUGUAUUGAGUUAUGCUUGUAAAUUUUAGUUUUUAUCUAUACUUAUUAACUUGCGUUUUAUUAAGUAACAAACACUAAUUUAUUAAAGUUCUAUGUUGACUCUCACUUUUUUCCUUGCUGUUACUUUCACUGUAGACUCUUACUCACGGUCGGAUCAACGUUUUGGAUCAUCGGUGAACUUUGCCGAAGAUUACGAAGCCGGAACGUCAGCAUCACGCGGCGCUAGUGUCAUUAACAUUGGGGAUUCUGGCACGUCGGCUAUUAUUCGUCAAAGCGGUGGACGUCAAGGCACGGGUUUACCUAAUUUUCCACUUUUUCGGGUUAAACUGCUUAUUAAUGGUUUUGGUGAUUUAACGGUUGAAAUAGUGGCCUGAUUUUAGAAUAGUAAUAUUUUUUCACGAUUUUUUAAGCUACCUUUGUUUAGCAGUUUCCUUUUUCUUGAAAAACCUUUUAGGUUUAAUUUUUCAAAUGGCUUAAAAAACUCUUAAACGCACUUAAAAUACACAUUUAAAGUUUAAUGAAAUUAAUUUGGAAUUUACUACUAGCACGGUUUAAAUAUUAACCAUUAGCACGUUUUCUGUAUUAACCAUUGUUGAGAGAAAUUUAAGCACCAAAAUAGUUGUUUAUUGAAUUUAGACGCCGAACCGUCGUGGGCUGACGAUUUGAUAGAGAUUGUGAACGAACCAAUGACACACACUCUACAACGAAUGAGGCGUUUCAGUAACUCGUUAUCAAACGUUGAACGCGGAGGUUAAUAAGUUCAUGAAGCUAUAGUUUUAAAGUUUUGGAUUUCUCAGUUCGGGAUUUUAAGGAAAAUAUAUUUAAAGAUUACAGAAAACUCGUAGAAGUAAAACGAAAAUUUAUUGUAUACUUUAGUGUAUAUAUCAUAGCAAUUAAAUGCGUUUAAGAAAAAAUAGCUUUAAUACAGCGCGCCAUUUGAGGAAUAAAAAGUAAGGGUUGGUUAAGCUAUUGGCCUCAAUUUAUUGUUUAAUAUUUAUUUUUAGAAACCGGCGGCGGGCAAGUCCAGUCUGUAGAUGAAAGUUAUCAACGUUCGUACAAAGAGGUCGGUUAUGAAAUUUUAAUUAAAAAAACGUUAAAAAAUAUAUUUAAAAAUUUAAAAUUGUAAAAAUGAUAAAAUGUGAGUUUUGUAUUAAAUUACACAAUAGUAUUUUUCAAAUGUAUAAAAGUUUAAAAAUAUUACAUGAAUGGCGUAAAAUUUUAAUGCUAAAUUGUCGUUUUUAGGAUUAUCAAGCGUCUUCAGGAGGUCAACACAGCAGCAAACAGUAG